UUCCUCAUAUGGACCGUUUCUACAUAUACAGAAAGUUUCAAGAACAAGGGUAUUCUUUACUAGCAGUACGUGUGAUUACCAGUUCUUUCACAAAUAAACCGCUCCAUUGUUAUAUACAGUUUAAAUCGACUGAAGCAGCGCUCGAAUGUCUCUAUGCUCUCGAUGAUAAGCCAAUACCAGGUGAGGGCCCUGAUAUUAGUUUCUGCUUAGAUGUGGCAAAUGAAUUGGUUAAAGAUACUCGUCCUUAUUAUGGUGUUUGGCUUGGUAAUCUUAGCGGAGAUACGACAAAUAUUGAUAUAAAGAAAGCAUUCGCUGCCAAUAAUAUUAAUGUGAAGCGUGCAUUUGUCAUUAGAGAUCGAUUGAGCAAUUCGAGAGGCUACGCGUUUGUGCAGUUUUAUACUGAAUGGGAGCAAAAAAAUUCCAUAUUCAAAAUGAAUAACUACAUAGGUUUGGGUGGAUCUAUACCGCUCUUGGUCCGUGAUUCUACCGGUCCAAAAUUCAAAAAAUUUAAACCCCCGCAAAAGAGCUCUUUUGUAAUUAGAAUUUUUAAUUUAAACUUACAUCAAUAUGAAAGGGAAAUAAAUGAGUUUUUCAAACAAAAUUUACCCUCCUUUCGAUUUAUAACUCGUCCACGGUAUGCAGAUAAAACACCCAAAAACUACAAUAUCGUAGUGUUUGGAGAUGAAGUCGAUUGUAUAAGAGCGGUAGAAAUGCUUAAUGGAAAACAAUUUUUUGGUUCCAGCUAUUUGAUAGCCGUAAUUCCAACCGUAAACUCGAACGAUAUACACCAAAGUGUGUCAGACGAUGAAAAUGAUCAAUACAAAGAUAAAACUAUUUUAAAUUGGAAACAAUAUAAUGCUGUUUCCUUUAAAGCAAAAGAAUUAAAUAACCAUACAGAUAAAGUUGAUAAAGAUAAAGUUGAUGUUACCAAUGCUAGUGAUCUCAUUAAAAAUACAAUAUUAAAAGCUGAAGAAAUUAAUGAUUCUGGAGAUGCAGUAAACAGCGGACCCGGAACCGCUAGCAGCCUCAUUGAAAGAAUUUCAAAUGCUUUCAAAAGUAUAUUUAAUGUAUUUUUUUAAAUACUAUACAAUUUGAAAAACAAGACUAAUAUA